CUACGCUGCUGACGUGUAGGUAGGGAAGUGGCUGUCGGCCGUGUUUAGCCUACAGCAUUUAGCUCUUCCUGUUCAUCACCGGCCCUCGUCAUUGACAGCUCACUGCCAAGUCAUCUGAGUCAGCCCCGAGCUACCUAACAAACAGGAACACUACACUAACAGGUACACAGCCCGCGGUGCUGGUGGAGGAGCAGAGGGAAGAGGCGGACAUCAGGAGACACUGACCAGCCGUCAGUCCCACGGUGGAGUUAAAGACAGCAGCUUUAUGAAGAAGUGUGAGUGACUUGCACAGCAACAAUGGGGAAGAGGAGGGUCCCAGAUCUGUACCGAGCCCCCUUUCCUUUAUACUCCAUUAAAGUGGACAGUAAAACGGGGCUGGUGAUCACAGCAGGAGGAGGAGGGGCCUCCAAGACAGGCAUCAAGAAUGCUGUGCACUUCCUGGAUCUACAGCUGGUUGGAGAACACCAGUACAGCGCCACCCUCCUUCACUCUCAUGACACGGACACACGUGCCACCAUGAACAUGGCUGUGGGCGAUGGUGUACUUGCUGCAGGACAGGACGGGACCUGCUGUCUGAUGAGGUUUCAGCACAGUGCAGAGAAAGAACGAGGCAAAGCUGCUGCUAAAGAUGGAAGGAGCAGCGUGCAGCAGGGCAGCACCAGGAGACGAGCUGGGAAAGGAGACAGAGGGGGACAGGAUGGAGCUGCAGCCUCUGGAGAUAAGUCAGAGCUGAAGGAUGAGACGGCUCAAAUCUCUGUCACCGGUUUGGCUGAAGUGCAGUCGGACCUGAACCCUCAGGACCCGCUCCAGAAGGUGGUCCGGUUCAGUCCUGACCUGAGCCUCCUGCUGACAGGAGGCACAGAUGGACACGUCCGAGUCUGGGAGUUUCCCUCCCUGAAGAAGAAGUUUGACUUCAGAGCUCAUGAGGGGGAGAUCGAGGACCUGGACCUGAGUCCAGGGAAAAAGCACCUGGUGACUGUUGGCCGGGACUUUGCCUGCAGUGUGUGGAGCGGCGACCAGCUGGCUGUGAGUCUGAAGUGGAAUGAGACUGUGCCUCAGAUGGAUGAGAAGACGUAUCGAUACAUGGCCUGCAGGUUUGGAAAGGUAGAGGACCAGAAAGACGCCCUGAGGCUCUACACAGUCCAGAUCCCCCACAAAAGAGACAGAAGACCUCCUCCGUGUUACCUCACCAAGUGGGACGGCAAGAGCUUCCUGCCCAUGCUGACGGCUCCCUGUGGCACUGAGGUCAUCUCCAGCCUGGCUGUCAGUGACUCCGGGACGUUUCUCGGUCUUGGGACUGUAACAGGUUCAGUAGCGAUCUACAUUGCCUUCUCCCUGCAGAAACUGUAUUAUGUCCAGGAGUCUCACGGCAUCGUGGUGACAGACCUGGCCUUCCUGCCCGACUCUCUGAGAGGCAGAAACAUCAAAGGGAAUAAUGAAACAGCCAUGUUGAGUGUCGCUGUGGACAGCCGCUGUCAAGUCCACGCUGUCUCCAACCGCAGGUCCUUCCCCAUCUGGCUGGUGCUGUUCUGCUGUGGCCUCAUCGUCGUGGGGGUGGUCCUCCUCCUCCAGUACCUCUUCCCAGGAUUCAUCUGAAUCCGGCUUGAUGGAGCACGGACACACCUCCACGUUGCUGACUCUGUCAACAUCAGCAGUCCUCAGUCCAACAUCCAACCAUCCACUGCAGAACUAUGAGUCCCAGCUGAGCCUGGAGGCUCUCCACCUGCAGCUGUCAUGGCGUCCUCGUCCCCCCCUCAGCUCCUACUCAGGGUUGUUCUCUCUCAGACCUGUGAACCCAGUGGACUCAGACCAGCACAGACUGGGAUUUUACUCUAUCAGUUAAUCUUAAUCUUUUCUGGAUUCAUGUUGGAGAGUUGAAGGACUCAUGAAUGUUUAAGGGCGGGAUCUUUUUAUUGACAUAUUUAAGGAACAGUAUACAAAUAUAAAUGAUGGGCACAUAAUGUGUCUGACUUAGUUUUUCCUUCACACAGACACUUUGAAUUAGUCUCCAAUUUUAUGUGUUUCCCAUUUUAUCCACUAGUGGGCAGCAGAGAUCACACAGUCCUGAGGUGAAGAGAAAUUUGUGUCAGUACAGAAAACACCAGAAACAUUUCUGCAGUUCAACAGCCUCUAAAAUAAUUUCAUAUUAAUUUAAAAACAAACGUGGGUAAAGCUGCUCUGAGCAGACGAGAAGCAGAGUCAGUAAACAUCUGUAAACAUCUGUAACGGUGAUGAAAGCUGGAUGUUCUCUCUGUUAUGAAGACCUGUUCGUUUUCAGAUAAACUCUCUGGCUGCCCAAAAAUGUGAAUGACUUUUUAAAAUGAUCCCUGUCAUUGUAACUAACCUGGUGAAAUGAUGGAAGAAAUAAAAUAUCAAUAAGAAAGAUAG